CCAUCUCACUGCCUUCAGUUUCUUCUUCUUUCAGGAUGUCGCUGCGUCACCUACUCGUCUGGUUAAACGACGGAGUUUCCAGUUUAGCUACGUCCACCUCUCAAGCUUUUCACUACUCGUGGCUAGAGGAGAAAAGGGGACAACCGCUUUGAAAUUAUAUUUAUUGGCAUUUUCUUGGCUGGGGAAAUAUAAAAAAAUAAAAACAGUGAAAACAUAAAUAAAUAUUUUUAAUGAAU